AGCCGCGGCCUGCCUCGGAGGGAGACCGGACGGGACCGGGAGGCGCCGCCGUUGCUACCGCCCAGCGCAGCCCCGCCGAACCGCCAUGAGUGACCAGCAGCUGGAUUGUGCCUUGGAUUUGAUGAGGCGUCUGCCUCCGCAGCAGAUAGAGAAGAAUCUCAGUGACCUCAUUGACUUGGUCCCAAGCCUCUGUGAAGAUCUUCUCUCCUCUGUUGAUCAGCCAUUGAAGAUUGCACGAGAUAAGGUGGUAGGAAAAGACUAUCUAUUGUGUGACUACAACAGAGAUGGAGACUCAUAUAGAUCACCGUGGAGUAACAAAUACGAUCCUCCCCUGGAAGACGGUGCCAUGCCAUCUGCUCGCCUGCGCAAGCUGGAGGUGGAAGCCAACAAUGCCUUUGACCAGUACAGAGACUUGUAUUUUGAAGGUGGAGUCUCCUCUGUCUACCUCUGGGAUCUGGAUCAUGGUUUUGCCGGGGUGAUCCUCAUUAAGAAAGCUGGAGAUGGAUCAAAGAAGAUUAAGGGAUGCUGGGAUUCCAUCCACGUGGUGGAGGUUCAGGAGAAAUCCAGUGGUCGUACUGCUCAUUACAAGCUGACCUCCACAGUGAUGCUGUGGCUGCAGACUAAUAAAACUGGUUCUGGUACCAUGAACCUUGGAGGGAGCCUUACCAGACAGAUGGAGAAAGAUGAGACUGUGAGCGACUCCUCUCCACACAUAGCCAAUAUCGGACGCUUGGUAGAGGACAUGGAAAACAAAAUCAGAAGUACACUGAAUGAGAUUUAUUUUGGAAAAACAAAGGACAUCGUUAAUGGGCUGAGGUCUGUGCAGACUUUUGCAGACAAAUCAAAACAAGAAGCUCUUAAAAACGACCUGGUGGAGGCUUUGAAGAGAAAGCAGCAAAGUUAAAAUACUCUUCCUGCUAACAAGACAUGCCAUGCACUCGUUAGAUUCCUUUCUUAGAAAACUCAUCCCCCCCUUGCCCUUUUCUGUUACGUCACGUCACAAUUUGCAUUCAAUACUAUCCAUGCAACGCCAUCUUCUCCCCAUGAAUAAAGCUGUACAAACUUUUUCAGUCUCUGAGGCCUACUUUGCACCACAUUUUACUAUUGAGACCUUAGGCUACGUUUCUGUAGAAGUCCAUGUAUUUUUUUUUUCCUCCCCCCUCCCCUCUUCCACCCUCCCCCAUUUAUAUGCAUAACCACGGAUCAUUGUUUGUCUUUUCCUCCCCACCCCCUCCUGCCUUUUGUUACAUUGGUGUAAAAAAUGUAAAACAAAAAUUUAUUAAAUACUGUGGUGUGUGAAAGAGGAAGAACUGGGAAAAAAAAAAGAAAAAAAAAAUCUAUUCCACGUAUGUUUGGGGGCUGGGCACAGGGGCUGGCUGGUGGGAGGGAGGGAAGAGAGGGUGUUCCUCGGUGUUGUACUAUACUGACUAAACCAGAUUUGCAAGGAGACGUUGAUUAGGAGACCUGCUGAAAGUUCUGCUCUUCUAUAGCCUGGUUCCAAGGCGCUUUUCUGUCAAUUUUUAUGGAAUGCAAAAGGGGUUUUUGUUUUGAUUUUGUUUUUUUUGUAAAGCUUAAAUUGAAUCUACAUCUGAUACUUGAGCCUCCAUACUAAAAAAAAAAAAAAAAAAAAAAAGAAAAAAAAGGAAAAAAAAAGACUAAAACAAAGAAAUAAAAAUAAAAAAAAAUAUCCCAGGAAGCA